UCGCCUACGCCCUACAACACCGAGAGGUUCACCAUUUUGGAAGAAUAAAUUCGGUAGUUUCAGUGAACUCGUAGCUCCAUUCGGGGCUCGAGUAGCGAAAAGGACAACUAUAGUUCCUUUCGACGCCAUCGCUGGUUUUAGUUGUGGCGAUCGGAGGCAAUUUGUUCUUUCAAGAUGACGUGCUGUUUGAGUGAGGAGCAGAAAGAGAUCAGACGAAUCAACGCCGAGAUCGAAAAGCAGCUAAAGCAGGAUAAAAGGAAUCAAAGGAGAGAACUGAAAUUACUUUUACUUGGAACUGGAGAAUCAGGCAAAAGUACCUUCAUAAAACAGAUGAGAAUUAUCCACGGGCAGGGGUACAGCGAUGAGGACAAACGAGGCUAUGUCGCUUUGGUACAUCAGAAUAUUAUCACGGCCAUACAAUCCCUAACUAUAGCGAUGGAAUCCUUGAAGAUAGCUUACAAGGAUCCAGCAAAUCUGGAGCAUGCCAAGACCAUGAGAGAAGUUGACCCCAAAAAUGUUACCACCUUCGAAAAAGAUUAUUACAUAGCUACGAAAUCUCUUUGGACCGACCAAGGAAUGCAAGAAUGCUACGACAGAAGAAGAGAAUAUCAACUUAGCGACUCUGCGAAAUACUAUCUCACCGACUUAGAUCGAAUAGCCAAGCCAGAUUAUCUUCCGACGGAACAGGACGUUCUUCGAGCCAGAGCUCCCACGUCUGGGAUCAUAGAGUACCCGUUUGAUCUCGAAACGAUAAUUUUUAGAAUGGUUGAUGUUGGAGGCCAGCGGUCUGAGAGAAGGAAGUGGAUUCACUGCUUUGAGAAUGUGACGUCAAUUAUGUUUCUUGUGGCACUCAGCGAAUAUGAUCAAGUCCUUGUAGAAUCAGCCAAUGAGAACCGAAUGGAGGAGAGCAAAGCGUUAUUUCGUACCAUUAUCACAUACCCCUGGUUUCAGAACUCUUCCAUCAUAUUAUUUUUAAACAAGAAGGAUUUGUUGGAGGAGAAAAUUAUGUUUUCGCAUUUGGUGGAAUAUUUCCCUGAAUUUGAUGGACCCCAGUGUGAUGCCCAGGCUGCACGGGAGUUCAUUCUUAAAAUGUUUGUCGAUCUGAAUCCUGAUUCAGAUAAGAUAAUCUACUCCCACUUCACGUGCGCCACUGAUACAGAAAAUAUCCGGUUUGUAUUUGCGGCAGUGAAGGACACAAUACUGCAGUUGAACCUAAAAGAGUAUAAUCUAGUUUGAAUAGAGUUGGUAAGAGAUCUUAUAAUCUGAAUUAAAGAUAAGAAGGCAAGCAGGAUGUGAGAGAUUCAACUUGGGGAUGAAAACUGUAGAAAAUCACAAAAUGGUUGAAUAGAGAUUUCUUUAUUUAAGGUUGCUUGUCUUUGACUGAUUCUAAGUGAAGUGCUUUUGUGUACAAAAUACCCCAAAACAAAAGUUUCUGUGUGAGAAUAUAGCUAGUAUUCAAGUUAUCGAGACAAGUGCCGCACUGUGAAUUGUUUUCCAGUAUAUUUCAACACAGUUUAAUGUUGAGUAUUUUGAACGUAGGCAAGCUACUGGAAAUAUUUUCCAAGUGUUAAAUAUAUAGCUAGAAUGUGUCUUAAAAGGAUAAACAAGAUAGUAGUUUGUCCACACAGAUUGUGUCCAUUCCACUUCCCCUUGACUUGACUCUCCAACCGACAUUGAGGUUUUUUUUUCAUAAGAGUGAGAUUGAUUUCUCAAUUAUUCCAUCUUACAAGAAAUUUUGUAUUAAUAGGCUUAAGGAAAAAAGUCCUGUUUCUGUUGCUAAUCUUCCUUUCUUUUGCAAGCAUUGUAAAAAAUUAUUUACAGCACUGGCUUGCAGAGAUUUCAGUACAAAAAAAGCAGUUAUUCAUCUGCCUUGAAUUGGCCAUAAACAAAGUGUAUAUGAUAUCAAUAAUUUAACUUUUAAACUUCAGCUAGGCAAAACCCAUCUUGUUUUCUUUGUAUGUUCUGGGUAAGCUGGCUUCAGCCUGGAAUUCUUCAUCUCUUGUGCUCUUUUCUUCUUGUCACAUAAUUCUCUCAGCAAUCUAGCUGAAUUGUGUAGUGUCUCAUUGUAAAUCUUGUAUAAUCCACAGAAAACAUUAUAUUAAUAAGAUGAAUUAGAUUUUUCGUAUUCAGGUUGCAGAACUACCCCCUCCCCCCCUUCCGUUCACCCAUUUUCCCUUCUGCUAUACUGUUAGCACGAUAAUUUUAUUCUCUUUGUUGUAGUUAAUUGUAUAGAAGGUUUAACAGAAAGGUAUUUUGUUAGCUUUAAGACUGCUGGAAAGGAAAAAAAAAAAAAUGCAGUUUUGGUUAAUGCUUCAUGUAAGUGUCAAUGCAUUUUAUAAAAAGUCUUUAGUAAGAAUAGGCUGUUCUGUAUCAUCCUAAACAAAGUAGCUCUUGUUAGCUUGACUUGUUAACCCUUCCAUCCUCAAAGUUAUCAUUGUGUAAUUUCAUUUGGUAAAUCAUCGGAACUUGUACCUUAGAAAUGUACCCAGACCAGAUUGCAGAAUUUUUAGGUUUACUUACUUUUGGGCCAUUAAGGUUUGAAAUCAAGCUCCUUUCUGUUAAGCCUUCUUUUAUCAUUCCUGGUGUUUGUACUCUGUACAUGUAAUUUGAAGGACAAAAAAGUUAAUUGUCUUACCUCUACAAUCUGCUUCAUGAUUGAAAUAAGUCUGUAAUGGAGAAUAUACAGUAAUCAGUGCUAACGAUUUGGUAGGGUGUCUGUCUUGGUUCAGGCCAAAAACUACUAAAAUCAGGAUGUAAAGUAGCUUGAAACAUUGGAACUGACACAUGUCUAUAAGAGACAUAGAUUUGUCUUAAACAACUUCAGACUUGCUUUAUCUCUCUGAUUCUCGAAUUAUUACUGAAGAAGGAAAAACAAGUCUUCACUGUUUCCAAGCCACAAUUUGUCAAAGGAAAAAUAUGAGUCAUUUUAACAGAAGGUAGCACUUUUUACUUUUAUUAGUCAUAGAAAGUUUUAUAUGAAUGCAAAGGAAAGCUAACUAUCUUUAUUCUAUGCAAGCAUUGUUAAAGUAACCUUGAAGUUGGGUAAAAGAUUGUUUCUGAUGUUUCACACUAAGGCAGCUUUCAUUGAUGUCUCUUGUCUAUGAUCAUUAUGUUGCAAUGGUUUUGUUUAUUGUUCUUCCAACUUAGCAAAGAAUUGCGAGUUAAGUUCCUGCUUGGUCGAAUAGUAAGAAAAACUAGUGCAAAUGUGUUUAACUAUUCUACAACCGCCACUAAGUAAACAUUUGGAGGGUUUCUGUGUUGACAUUAGCUUUAGUUACCUAAUAACUUCUCUAUAACUUUAAUUUGGCCUCAGUCUGAUUGACUGUGCCUUACAUGCUUCUUUGUGUUGCAUUCGUUGUCGAUUCUUUCCCUUUGCGGCUGACCAUUCUUGAACCAUAGAAGAAAUAGAAAAGAGAUAAAUUAUUAUUGUUAUGGAGCCAAAAUAUUUGGCAGACAAUUCCAAUAAAUUUUUUAUUCGUUCAUGAUUAUGUCAGCAUUGCAUCUAGCAAAAAAUGGCUUGAUUCCCGUUAGCUUGUGCCCUGUUGUGGCAGCUCUUGUUCUAAGUAAUCGAUUGCUGCCUGUAUGUAUGUAUCUAUGUAUGUAAUUCUAGUACUUUUAUAACUGUUCGUUUCUUUUUCGUUGCUGUAAACCACAAGUGCUUGUUUUUAAGGGCCAGUGAAGUCACUACUCAUCUAGGCUGACGGACUUUUUAUUGUAAAUUUUUCUGCAGCAGAAAGAUUAAAACAUAGCAAAAUGACAAAACAUGGGAAACAA